AUGUCCACCUCAUCGAUAUCAUUGUCCCCGAUUUCACUUUCAAUCCCUCAGCACCAGGAUACGAGGCCAAAGGGUGCUUGCGUGGACUGUAAGAGAUUGAAGAAACGCUGUGACAGGGCGAGCCCUGCCUGUACCAACUGCGCCAAGGCAUCCCGGACGUGCGAGUUCAAGGAUCUGUCAGAAGAUGGCCUGCUUUCACCAAUAUCCUCCGCCAAGAGCAUUGACACGCUCACCUUCGGAACUCUCCUCGACAUCCUCAUCACCAAGCAACGCGUGAAGGAAGCUGUCACCUUGUAUUUCCGCGGCGUCAAUACUUGGUUCACCAUCGUUGAGAAGGCCAGCUAUGAGAGGCAACUAGAUACGGCGUGGGACAAGCUCCCGGCCGAAGCGAGCGUCUUGGCUCUUUGCAUGGCCCUCAUGGCGCGCCCGCCGAAUCAGAAGUCGAGCAAGAUAGGGGAUACCGUGUACCACACCACCAAGGCCAUCCUGGGUCUUGUCCAGAGCAAAGCGCCCAUGUCGGUACCACUGCUGCAAGCCGAGCUCCUCGUCGCCAUGUACGAGUUUUCGCAGUCGAUGCCGCAGCAGGCCUAUCUUUCCCUGGGCCGUUGCCUGCAGAUGACGAAAGCGUUUGGUUGGCAUGGAGCGGUGUUUUGGGCCGAGGAUCGCAAGGCCUCCAUGGCGAGAGACUUGAAGCUUUACUCCAUUUUGUGGUGGGCGAUUGUUUAUCUCGAUUGCCUGCUGAACGUUGGAUACCAAGACCAAACGUUCCCAAUGCACACGGCGGGUCUCGAGGCAGUCUCUAUGAUUCCCCUGCCGGAAAACUUCGACCAGCACUUGGCCAGCAGUUCGCCGUUCCAGCUAGGAGCCCAGGGGCAGGAGCAGGGAUUUCGCGACUCCAACGGCGACCGGAUCGAGGGAAUGAUUGUGCCGGAAGCGACCUCUGCAUGGUAUCUGAGUCGGGUCUUGGAACAGCUAUCCGACCCUGCGCUGCCGGGGAACGUGGAUACCAAGACACUCUCCACCAUGAUCUGGCAACAUGCCCAAGACAUUAGUGCGGCCAAGUGGAGGGCUGGCGACCGUAACGCAGCCGUGGGCACAGACCUCAUAGCCCUGAUGAAGCUCAACCACCCCGGACUUCUCGGCGGGGCAGAUCCAUUGUCGCUGCUCUCGGACCCCCAAGCCGUUCAAAGGAUUCGGGUUCUGACCACCGUCAUCCAUGGCAAGGCCGGCAAAAUAGCGGCGUCCGAACAUCGGCUCAGCACCGGGGUUGAAGCCCCUUGUUGGGCGUUCGCCAUGUCCUAUGCUUCGCUGCUACUCAUCUCGCAUGGCAAUGGGGUGCUUCAGGACGCCGACUGGUUUUCGAGGGUUGAGAACUUGAUGACAUCAAUAGAGAAAGUCUCAAAGAGGUGGAUUAUUGCUGCGAGGUACUGCGAGACUGUCAAGAUUGCGCUCGAGAACCGUCUUAACGGGUAUGCCCAAUAA